GAUUACCAGAUUUGAUCGAGGAAAUCCAGAUUGUAUUCUAUCAACAGGAAUAGUUUUACAUCUGAUGAGUUAUAUUGCACCAGUAGGAGUGAAUGCCAGAUUAAUCUUUCAAAAAUUAGCCAUUAAAGAAAAUGCAGAUGCACUUUGA